GAGGCUUUAUCCAAUCAGUGGCGCUGGCGUGGGAACCGUUCAAUCAGAAGCGCCGUCGGGGAGGAGGGCGUGGCUUCCGGCGUGUGGCGGGGCCUUUGUCUCACCCGCGAGAAGUUGGGAUCAAUUUCUGCUGUUCAGCUCUUCCAUCUCGGUAUCCCCCCCGCUCCCCUCCGCCCCGUCCCGUGACUUUGUCACAGCUUCUGUUGCCUGUGAUCUGCAGGUCCUGGGAGACGCAGAGCUAAGAUGCCAGGACAUUCUGGAAGCUGGGAAAUGGUGUGAUGGUGACAUACUCCUUUGUCCAGCACCUGAGUGAUUACAGUUUCCUGCCUGGUCCCAUCCCAAAGGGACCAUUGACAUUUAUGGAUGUGGCCAUAGAAUUCUGUCUGGAGGAGUGGCAAUGCCUGGACACUGCACAGCAGAAUUUAUAUAGAAAUGUGAUGUUAGAGAACUACAGAAACCUGGUCUUCCUGGGUAUCACUGUUUCUAAGCCAGACCUGAUCAUCUGUCUGGAGCAAGAAAAAGAACCUUGGAAUAUGAAGAGACAUGAGAUGGUUGCCAAAUCCUCAGCUUCCUUCAAGUUUCCUUCAAGUGAGAGCCAAAGUCCUCUUCAUGACAUUUAA